AUGGCUACUACCACUGAAAUGAUGGAGGUGGACACUGUCAAACCGAAGAAUGCCAAGCUGCCCAUUGUCGUCCAAAAAGAGAAUCCAUAUACAUUCGACCUCGGCCACCUUCUCGCACAAGACCCCAAUCCUCUCGUGAUCCCCAGGUCGGAUAAUGUCAAUGAGACUUUGAAAGCAGUAGCACGAGAUGGUGCGCAAUCACUACUCAACCAACUUCUCACUACAUGCCCCGUAACGUCAAACGCAAAGGACGGCGUUCUAAUGACUCUCCCUCCUCCUAACACACUGCUUCCACGAUUCAAGCCUCUACCCAAACCCAAAGAACCCACAAAAUGGGAUCUCUUCGCCCGUAAGAAAGGAAUCGGCAAAUACAGCAGCAAACCGGGCGCCGCCAUGGCCGAAAAGGAGCGACGCAAGAAACUCGUCUAUGACGAAGCGAGUGGUGAAUGGGUCCCUCGAUGGGGCUACAAGGGCGCAAACAAGUCUGGUGAAAAUGAUUGGGCUGUUGAGGUGCCGGAUAAGGAUUGGAAGCAGGAGGCUGAAGGAAAGAUGAAUGUGCGUACUGCCGGAAGGGCGGAGAGGAAGGAAAGAAUCAAAAGAAAUGAGAGGAAGGAGAGAGCAAAUGAGCGGAGGACUCGGAAGUUCGGGGCUUGA